UGUGUGAGUGUGUGAGUGUGUGUGUGUGUGUGUGUGUGUGUGUACGCUGAAGCGAGGUAAGGAUCCCAACUACACCCUGUAAACUAUUUUUCCUUUUGAUUACAAGAAGCCUCAGAUCACCCGGAGCUCGUUUGAAAUGUGGGUUUGUACACGGUUAAAGCAGACAAACAAUAAGAGAAAUGCACAAUUUCAUUUCAACAGCCGUUGCCUGGUAGAAAGCACAGGCUCCUUGUGGCUCCUAAGUGGCUGUCACUGUCGGUGCCUGAUACAGUUAUAUUCGCAACAACAACAACGAAGUGUGCGGAGGAAAUUAAAUUAUAUGGAAAUUAAUACCAGCUGACUGCUUCAAACAAAUGUCUGUCACCGCGAUUAUUCUCCAGGAACCUAUUUAUAAACCAUGAAAAGAAACAGGUUCUUGCAGCAAAAGACAGCACCUUCUGCAUUUCUGUGUUAUUUAUACUGUAUACAGAGGAACGCGCGGGCAUAAUUUAACAUACAAAUGCUCAGUUGUAUACAUUAUAUAACAGCUUGUUAGACGUCCCCAAGAGGAGGUGUUCCCGAGUGAUGCGCAUAUAUUCAGGGCUGGCAAUCUGGGUCCGGGCGUGGAGGAGGGAGGGAAACCACCUAGGGGCCAGCGAGCCUCUUGUCUUUCUCCGCCUUGAAAGGUGCCUACCCUCAGACAAUAGCUGGCCCUUUUGAUCUUCUCCACACCCGCGAUGGGAAAGGUGAGGCGUUCAGUGCGCAUGUCCGGGUAGCUACAGGUGCAUCACCUGCGCUGUCCUAGCUGGUGGUCACUAUAAGAGCGGCUCCCACGCGCCGGUCGCGGCCCGGCGAGUGCGUGCGCGCGCGCAGACGCACGGCGCCGCCGAGAGGGAGAGCGCGCGUCAGACAGACGGAGACAGCUGAUGCCUGUCAGCGCGGCUGGCCCGCGAGCUCUCGCGAGAGCUCCCCGGACCGGCCGCGAGAAUUGGGGCUCAGGUGUAAGAGGAGUGCAUCCCGUCGGCGCACGGGGCUAGAGCUCGCGGAGAAGUGGGAUCGCAAGGCCGGUGCGCGGCGAUCUGCGCGGUCAAAAGGAGCGCAGGGCGAGAGCGGCGGCGGCAGAAGCAUCAGCGGCCCCCGGCGCUUGCGCCGCCUCCGCGCCGCCAGCCGCCGCGGCUGCAGCCUCCGAAGGGAGGCCGGGGGAGCCGGCGUGCGCACUUUCCCGCGGACUUUCGGAGUGUUUGUGGAUUUACAUGCUAAGCCAUCAAGAUGAUGUCCAUGAACAGCAAGCAGCCUCACUUUGCCAUGCACCCCACGCUCCCUGAGCACAAGUACCCGUCGCUGCACUCCAGCUCCGAGGCCAUCCGGCGGGCCUGCCUGCCCACGCCGCCGCUGCAGAGCAACCUCUUCGCCAGCCUAGACGAAACGCUGCUGGCGCGGGCCGAGGCGCUGGCGGCUGUAGACAUCGCCGUGUCCCAAGGCAAGAGCCACCCGUUCAAGCCGGACGCCACGUACCACACGAUGAACAGCGUGCCCUGCACGUCCACGUCCACCGUGCCGCUCGCGCACCACCACCACCACCACCACCACCACCAGGCGCUCGAGCCCGGCGACCUGCUGGAUCACAUCUCCUCGCCCUCGCUCGCGCUCAUGGCCGGCGCGGGCGGCGCAAGCGCGGCGGGCGGCGGCGCCCACGACGGCCCGGGGGGCGGCGGCCCGGGGGGCGGCGGCGGCGGUGGCCCUGGAGGCGGCGGUGGCGGCCCUGGGGGCGGCGGCGGCGGUGGCCCGGGGGGCGGCGGCGGGGGCCCGGGCGGCGGGCUGCUGGGCGGCUCGGCGCACCCGCACCCGCACAUGCACGGCCUGGGCCACCUGUCGCACCCGGCGGCGGCGGCCGCCAUGAACAUGCCGUCGGGGCUGCCGCACCCGGGGCUGGUGGCGGCGGCGGCCCACCACGGCGCGGCGGCGGCGGCGGCGGCUGCAGCGGCCGGGCAGGUGGCGGCGGCGUCGGCGGCGGCUGCCGUGGUGGGCGCGGCGGGCCUGGCGUCCAUCUGCGACUCGGACACGGACCCGCGCGAGCUCGAGGCGUUCGCCGAGCGCUUCAAGCAGCGGCGCAUCAAGCUGGGCGUGACGCAGGCCGACGUGGGCUCGGCGUUGGCCAACCUCAAGAUCCCGGGCGUGGGCUCACUCAGCCAGAGCACCAUCUGCAGGUUCGAGUCUCUCACGCUCUCGCACAACAACAUGAUCGCGCUCAAGCCCAUCCUGCAGGCGUGGCUGGAGGAGGCCGAGGGCGCGCAGCGCGAGAAAAUGAACAAGCCCGAGCUCUUCAACGGCGGCGAGAAGAAGCGCAAGCGGACUUCCAUCGCCGCGCCCGAGAAGCGCUCCCUUGAGGCCUACUUCGCCGUGCAGCCCCGGCCCUCGUCCGAGAAGAUCGCCGCCAUCGCCGAGAAACUGGACCUCAAAAAGAACGUGGUGCGGGUGUGGUUUUGCAACCAGAGACAGAAGCAGAAGCGGAUGAAAUUCUCCGCCACUUACUGAGGGGGGGGAGAUGGGAGGGACCGGGCGGGGCAGAGCUGGGGGCAUUUUGCCGGGAGGGGGGCCUUCCCCGAGCCUGCUUACCACCAUCACCCCCCCUCCCCCGGAUUUACAGCGGCCGUUAUCCUGCUUGCAUUUGAGGAGUCCCUCCUCGAGCGCUCCUUCUCCACCUCCCCUCUGCUCUCCCCGUCCUUACCCUCCCCAGCCUAAAGGACUGGGUGCCCAGUGUGUAUGCGGGAGAGUAGGUUGGACGUGAAGCGGGAGCACUUGGGGGAGGAGCAGUGGGGGGAAGGAAAGAGGAGACUGGAGAAGGGGGUUUGAGGAGCAGGAUGGUUCUUGGGGUGAGGGUGGGGGGAGACGGGAAGGGUAGGGAAAUGGACUGUUUUUGACCAGAGACACUUAUCAGAAUAUCCUGGGGACCAAGGAACAAUGUACAAAAAACCUACCAACCACCAAAAACUAGACAAAUAAAGACAAACUAAAACAAAACAGAACAAAAGCAAAGAAAAAAAAUACUUUAGAAAUGUAACUCCAGAGAGCCGUAUUCUGCAGCUUCAUUCCAUCCCCCCCCCCCCACCCCACAACCCUAAGGAAGAGAAAAAAAGAGCACCACAAUUAUUACCACCGCCCCAACCUUACGCACAUGAACUGAGUCAAAGACCAAAAAACCAAACGAACCCGAAGGUGAAAUUCUGGGUAGCAAAGCUAGUUGUUCUGUCUCCGUGUUUAAUUUUCUCUCUAAGUCUUACACCCCAUCCAAACCCUCUUUGAUUUAUUUUUUCUUUUUCAAUAAGACUCCUCCGGUGACUGCUCUCCAUUGCCAGAAAGGAAGUGGGAGGCCAGCUGAAAGGAAGGAGGUGGGUGGGGGUAGUGGCUGCUUGUUUAGGUGAAAUCCAAGUUUUCCAGUGACCCAGCCUAUAUACUCCUGUGGCCUGAUUGGUCGGUGAGGGUCUUUAGGGAGAGAGCUGACUAAGAAGCAGAAUUUUAGAGGCUCUGAAAUAAAUAUUUAUUUAGGAAAAUAAAACAAUUGAAGCCAGGUUUUUCUCUUUCCAUAUGUGCUCUUAUUGCUAAGAUUUAGAAAACAGACCAUUUCAAAAUAAGCUUUUCCCUCCACUCAUAGAACGUGCUUGCCCUUUUAUUUAUUUUUCUAAGUGGCUUAUUUUAAACUACUGUUUGUUUUUUUUCUCUCUAUUGAUUCAAAUAGAUUGAUGGGGUAGCAGACAGUAGGAGAGAUACUCUGACCCGUUUUCUCCACAGAUCAAGACCCAUCUUACUCUUCUAGGUCCCCUUCUCUUUUGGAGAACAUGAAAUCAUUGAAAUAGUGAGAAGAUUCUGCUUUCACUUGGAGCAGGACUUGGCUGUGAGAAAAUCAGCUAAAUCCCAGAUGAGAGAAAGACAGGUUUAAAGCCCUCCAUUUCUUUCAAAAGGGUCUGCAUGUUGGGAGGGGGGGAAGCAGAACAACUGUUUCAUUAUUAUUACUAUCCAAAAGUAAUUUAUUGCUGGGGAUAAAUGUUGGGUAGCAAGAACUUUAAUUUGCACUAUCAGUCUCCCAAAUAGAAAAUCAUGUAUAGUAUUUCAUAGUAAUAAUCAAGGUACUUUAUGAACUGCUGAUGGAUUAAAAAGAGAAAACAAUUGAAGGUGGUUAGGUAAAAUGCCUGCUUGGUGCACAAGACACCCUUGAUCUUGACUGGGUGGAGAUGGUUUAUUACCAUCCUUUAAUAAGAACUAAAAAACUGAGAACAGAUAAGAAAGAGUGAAACCAUGCAUGAUCUGAAAGGUGCAGGAAGAAACACAACUAGAUCUCACUCUGGUUAGGCAUUAUUUAUUUAAUUACGUUGUAUAUCAUUGUUUGCAGCGCAAACAUUCUAUGCAUUUGAAACUGAGCACUAAACUGGGCUAGCUUUCUGAUAGACCGUUUUGUGGAUAGUGUGAUUUCACAGUCGACUGCCUGUUUUCACCGAAAACACAACAUUCUUGUCAUAUUCUUGAAUUUAGAGGAAAAGGAAAAAAGGAAGAUUACUGUAAAUAUUUUCUUGAACGCACACACUCACACAGUGGUUACAAACUGCCAGUGUUAAUCCUGAAAUGCCUCACGGAUUGAUCUACCUGUCCAUGGAUGUCUGCUGAGCUUUUUCCUUGGUUAUGUCUUUGCUCUAUUAUCUUUCCCUCCUCCCUUAUCAGAACCACUUUUGUGCACCAAAAUACAACAGAGAGAUAUGUCCCAGUACAGUUACAAAUAAAACAUAACUGAAAGAAGAACAGUUUUAUGAUUUGGGUGCAUUUUUGUGUUUAUACUGGGCCAAGUCCCAGUAGAGCCGGUCAACAAAUGAGACUCAAUUCAACCAAAAAUACAGGGAAGGGGAGGAUGUUUAAGUUGGGGGGCGGGUGCGAAAAGAGGGGAAAGGAUGAGAAUGAUGUAUUUUUCUGCUGAAUCAGAAUUCACUUAAAGAUAACUCAUGUGAAAGUGGUGCUCUUGAAUAAAAUGAAUUCUAUAUUAGUUGUCUGUGUUUAUCAAAGUUUUUUUGUUUUUUUUUCCUCUUCUAACUGCAGAAUCUCUUCAAGCACAGCCCUCACUUCAGAGAGGUGGAAGGUAAUAAAUAGCCAGGCACCUUCAAAAUAUUUGAAUCAGGAUUCAGGGGCAGAGGCAUUUGGAGGUUUAUAUGUAUCGUUCUAGCCUAAAAAAAAAAAAAGUUUCAAAGAAGAUGUUGUAACUAAAUAACUUUUCUUUGGAGGUUAACAUAAAUAAAAACCAUCCACUGAUCUGUCCAGCCAUGGUGUCAAAUGCCUCUGUUCAUUUGGAACUUUAGUGUGCCACCUACUGCUCCGGAGGGAUUAGAGAUUCCCUAUUGGUGACCUGGGACUAGAUCAGAUGCCAAAUGUAUCAAGUUUCUUAAUAGCUAGGCUUAUAUCUUCUGAAGUCAUCCCACUUUAGCCAAAUCUUUUUAAUUUCACUGGCAAAUCUGUGAAACAAAAUGCUUGAUGUUCAAAAAAAAGUACAUUUUAAAAGCUGUGAUUUUAAACAGUUGUUAAUGUUUUUUUAAAAAAAGCAGAGGUAUUUUUAAAAAUAGAUCUCUUCCAUCAAAAUUGAUUUGUUUCUGUUAUUAACUUGAAAUGUCAUCAAAGUUUUAAAUAAAAUGCAUGUUUUUUUAAUGUUAUUUUAUAGAAAAAUAUAACCAGAUCUCAUUGUUGGAAAACCAGGAAUGAACAAAUAAACAGAUUUACAAAGGCUGUUUUUUAAUCAGUCUGCCCCAAACAGAAAUGUUGCAGACAGAUAUAUUUGUAUUAUAUAAUGAUGAUCAAUGUAUGUAAUAAGAACCUGAGCAUUGUUCUGUAUUAAGUAAAAUCUUUACCAAA